AUGGGCUUGUUACGCUUUGACAGUCUGCACAAUGCAACAAAGAAGGUACUAUAUCCCGACGUCGUAGCCGCCAUACUGCAAAAUCAAUUCUGCAUUGCUACAAAAGCACUUGGCAUGCUCAUCCGUUUCGAAGAACCAACUCAGUUUGCAAUGCCUUCGGACGUCCCCAACAAAGGCUCUCACAGCGAUGAAGAGUGGGUUUCGGUUGAGACUGGCGGUCUGGAUGACUCUUGGGUUGAGGUCAACAAGGAUGUUCCUAACGACACUGGUCGUGGAUCGUCCGACAUUCCCGGUGGCAUUUCCAGACCCUGUAUCGCCAGAAUCGUUCUCCGCAUCGUGAAGGAGUCGUAUGAUGAGGAAGAUAAGGAGGAGUUCAACUGGAGAAUGGAGAACACCAAGAAGUAG